GGGUCAGGGCAGCCCCUCCCCCACCCGGAGCUGCCGCCCCUCCCCCACCAUGGCCGAGGAUUUGGAGCCGCUCUUGGAGGGCGAAGGGUUCCUGGAUUGGUGGAAAACGCUCCCCGAUAACAUCGGUUCCAUCCCGGAGGAGACGCUGGAAUGGGAGGACCUGACCACGCUGGGGGUGUCCCCAGAGGGGCCCCCCCCCGAGCCCCCCCGCCAGGUGGAGCCGCCCGCGCCCCCCCCCGCGCCGGUGGUUCCGUCCACCGAGGAUUACGGGGGGGAGCACGACUUCCGGCUGGAGUUCCGGGAAACGGGGACGGCCAAAUCCGUCACCUGCACCUACUCCCCAGUGCUGAACAAGCUGUACUGCCGCCUGGCCAAGCCGUGCCCCGUGCAGGUCAGGGUGGGGGUCCCGCCGCCCCCCGGCGCCCUGGUCCGAGCCGUGGCCGUGUACAAGAAAUCCGAGCACGUGGCCGAGGUGGUCAGGAGGUGUCCCCACCACGAGCGCUGCGGGGGCGGCAAGGACGGUAAUGCCCCUGCCCAGCACCUGAUCUGGGUGGAGGGGAACCCCAAGGCUCGGUACCAGGACGACGAAACCACCAAGAGACACAGCGUGGCCGUGCCCUAUGAACCCCCUCAGGUGGGCUCCGAGUGCACCACGGUCCUGUACAACUUCAUGUGCAACAGCUCCUGCAUGGGGGGCAUGAACCGGCGCCCCAUCCUCGCCAUCCUCACCCUGGAGGGGCCAGGGGGUCAAACCCUGGGCCGUCGCUGUUUCGAGGUUCGGGUCUGCGCCUGCCCCGGGCGCGAUCGGCGCCUGGAGGAGGAGAAUCAGCGCAAAAGGGGCGGGGCCAAGGGCGGGGCCAAGCGAGCUCUGCCACCCCCGGCUGAAGCCCCUGAGGGCUCCAAGAAAAAAGUGCUGGAGCCUGACAAUGAAAUCUUCUGCCUGCAGGUGCGGGGCAGGAAGCGAUUUGAGAUGCUCCAGAUGAUCAACGAGGCCCUGGAGGCCAAAGAGAGGGGGGAGACGGCCCCAAAAAAGACCAAGGGGCGGCGCCCGCGGGGGGAGGGGCCGGUGCCCCGUGGGAAAAAGCUGCUGGUCAAGGUGGAGUCGGGGGACUCGGACUGACCACGCCCCCUUUUCUGGAGACCACGCCCCUUUUCUGAUGGCCACACCCCCUCCCUUAAAUGCCACACCCAUUCCCAUUAGCCUGACGUAGCCACGCCCCCUUUGUGCUUAGCCACGCCCUCACCCGUCAAUAACUGCUUUAGCCACGCCCCUUUAAUCUUUGUAGCCACGCCCACACCCAAACCCCACCCCCAUUUUACCUUAUAUGGACAUGUCCCACAAGCCACGCCCUCACCCUGCAUGACAUCAUUCCCGGCCACGCCCCCCACGCUUGGCCACGCCCCCGCGGGUUUUUAAGGAAUUUUUUUUAUACAAUAAAAGAAUUUUUUAUAUCGCC